AAAACGAACAACAUUGCCCUGGCACUGCGAUAUCGACCGACCGACAUAGUGCGUUUUUUGUCGCGGCGUAAUCGUUCACUGCCUGGUAGUGCGUUGAUCUUGUGUGGAUUGAUGUGAAAAGUGUGUGAAACAACCAUUGUUUUGCAUCGUUGUGAUAAAUAAUUGAAUUUGAUUGAGAUUCGAUACCCAAACCGAGCGUGCGUGCGUGUGGUGUGAGUGUAUGUGCGAGUAGAGAGAAAGCUUGGUGGCACCGUGUCCACCCUACGGAAGGAAAAUAGUGUUGUGUUUUGCACUGCUACCAAUCCGUCUCGAAUGUGUGGUUCUCCAUCCAUCAGUAGGCUGCGGGAAACAAUAGUUGUUGCCCAUUAUUGAACUCGUAAGAACAGCACCACCAACCGAACGAUUCUCAACCCCAUCCCCCACGCGAGUGUGUAGUUUUGCGCAAUAAAAAAGUGAUGCGGGACCUGGCUAAUAAGAUGGCCGAACUCAAAUUCGAGGCACCUUUGGCACAGUUCGAGGAGAGUGACGAAUGGGGCCCGGUCGAGUACCAAUCGUCAAAUGUGGUUACCACCAACGGUAAAACAGCGGCCGUCACCAUCAGCGACACCCUGAAUCUGAACAAUCUGAAAGAAUCGCUUCGUUCGCUCGAUGGUAACCAGCAGCAGCAGCAGCAGCAACAUCUGAAAGAUGACGAUAUGAACGAGCUGAACGACAACCUGCUGCUCGGGGAUGAUACAGUGCGUGGCGGAAAUGGUGGCGAUACGACUACCACAACCGCCAACAACAACAACAUUAAGGUUGGACCGAUCAAAGACAACAUAGAUUUCGCAGAAGCGUUUACCGGCAGUCUGGAGGAUUUGGUCAACACGUUCGAUGAGAAGAUUACGAAAUGUUUCGGCAAUUACGAGCAAUCCGUCGAGGAACUGGCCCCGGUGCAGGUUCGCUCGCAGGAGGAAAUCAUGAACGAAUGCCAGAUGUGGUGGACGAUUACGGGCAACUUUGGCAACAUACUGCCAAUCGAUUGGUCUAAAACGUACGCCCGCCAGAUGCACGUUCCGGCACUGAACCUUGGCAUGCGUAAGCCCGGUACACCGGAUGAUGAUUUGCUGCAGGAUCUCAGUUCGGAAGACGAGGCGGUCGCAAACGAUCUUGACAUGCAUGCGCUAAUACUCGGUGGGUUGCACUCCGACAACGAACCCAUCAAAACGGCCGAUGAGGUAAUUAAGGAGAUUGAUGACAUCAUGGACGAAACUGGUUCGGAAGAUGGCCAGCUUGAUAACGAGGUGAUUGAGAAGGCGAAGGAAGUGCUCAGUUCACCGUUAUACGAAGAGAAGUUGCGUUCGCUAUCGAUUACCCAGCUGAAUGAGCUGUACAUGGAGAUGGAAGUGCUGAUUCGUGAGUUCUCAGAGACGCUCAUCUCGGAGCUAGCAUUGCGCGAUGAGCUGGAGUAUGAGAAGGAGCUGAAGAACACGUUCAUUUCGUUGCUGCUAGCCGUACAGAACCGUCGCCGGCAGUACCAUGUAGAAAAGAAGAAGGGAAAGGGAGGUGGCAAGGGUCCCGCUGGUACAGCAAACAGUACGGGUAUGGAUCCAAAGUAUCUCACCACGGUUAUACCCUAUCAGCUGAACAGUACACCCGAUAAUCAAACACUGCAAGUGUUGAUCAAAAUACUGAAAGCGAUCAAUGAAGACAGCCCUACCGUUCCUACACUUUUGACGGAUUAUAUCCUGAAGGUGCUAUGUCCGACGUAAGCGAUCGAUAUUCGGGCCCGUACUCCGACCAGGGAUCGUACAUCAUCGUCUGCUCUCCAUGACGCUCGUACAUGUAUCUGGACGCGCGCGGUUUGGCCGUUGUUGGGAUGUAGGUAAUUUGUACACGAUUUCAAAGCUCUCAUAAUGCUAUAGCAGAAUAGUUUCAAGAUAAGAACACACACAAGAACAAUACCUAACUUCAGAAACAAGCGCAACGAUCGCUACAGGCAGUGUGACAGACCUGUCGGAAAGGGAAGCCAGACGAUCAGGAUGCUAUUGACUCCGUAGUAUGUAGAAAUUAAAUGCUUUCCAGUGAGUAGUGUUGCUUACCGGGGAAAGCUAUUUUCUUUCCUUAUCCUCGAUACGGACUCUUUUAGCACUGAGGUGAAUGUGAUUUAUGUGGUUUGGUUUGUGUUUAAUUUUGGCAACAACACAAAAGAGAACAAGCGACAACAGCUACGAGCUGAUGUAGCGAUGUAUCGCUGUAAUCAAGUAUAAUAUUUCAUUCAUACUCUCGCCAGACACGCAGCGCAUACAGAGUGUCGUAACAAUUUUCUAACACCGUAUAUAAGAGGGAAUAAACAAACAAAAAACAACAACAUAGCGCACAUAGAACUAACCCGGGGCUACUGUUUCUAGGAGAAACAUUGGCUACAUUUCUCUACCCGGAAGAGAAAAAUUAUGAUAAAUACUCCACUAAUUUAGUAGUGCUUUUUGCGCAUGAACAUGCUGCCGUUUGAUCUGUUCGAAUUUAUUCGCGGCAUGAUUACAGCCUGACAUUAUUAUACAACAAAAGAUUCAUUUAUAUUUAGUGACAAAAGAACAGCUACGCGAGCUGCACAGUAAUAGUCACAACCAUUCCAAUAAUGUCUUCGGUUGGGUAAAUGCCUUCAGACUGUUGGAAAUUGGUAUGAUCAGCGGGAAACGUAACUGUCCCCCGACGUGAUGAAGUUAAAUUGUGAUCGUUCCCCAGCGGCAAAUGGUUCAGAUCAGAUCAGCUCAGCGGUACUGAGGUUUGGUUCCCAUUUAACAGAGCGAAAUCGGGAAAAUUUACCACGUGACGGUGCUCGACUAAUGAAGUAACAUAUUGCCAUGUGUUAGACCGCAGAAGGAAAGCAGCAGGACAGACGGUCACGGAAACGUGUAGCGCCUGGAUUAAGCCAAGUUUUUAGCUCAGCUUUCGUGGAGAACUUAUUUCUCGUCGCAUUACGCUAGUCAUAACGAUAUGUUAGAGACACUGUGCCCGUGUAUCGACAGCCGAAUUGCCAAACAAAUGGUGUGUGUUGUUUUUUUUUAAAAAAGCCUGCUAAACAGUG